GACAGAAUGCGCAUGCGCGAUUUCGGCACACACGUGAAGCGAAAAGCAUGGCGGACCGAGGAGAAGUUCCGUUAGACAAGACACAGGUGAAAAAGGCCGUUCAGGCACUGCAGGCUUUCCUGAAAUCCAAGUCGACCGGUGAGACCUCGUUACUGGAGGAGACCCAACAUGUCAGCCUGCUCUUCAGCCUCUGGAAGAUCCCCAAAAAGGCGCAGACCAUCCGCAUUCCCUUGCCCCAUGGCCAGCGGCUUGACACGGACGAGGUUUGCCUCUUCACCAGAGAUGAGCCCAACAUGACCUCAGAUCAGACCCAGAGGUUCUAUAAGAAGCUGCUGCAAGAGAGGGGCGUGAAGAACAUCACGGAGAUCAUCCCGUACAAGGUCCUGAAGACGGAGUACAAACCGUACGAAGCCAAGCGCCGCCUGUUGGGGAACUUCGACAUGUUCCUUUCUGACGACCGCAUCCGCCGCCUGCUGCCCUCUCACCUCGGAAAACAUUUCUACCUGAGGAAAAAGGAGCCGCUGUGUGUUUUCUUGCAGAGCAAAAAUCUGGCUCAAGACAUCCACCGAGUCAUCCAGGGCACCAGCCUGAAGGUUUCCAACAAGGGCUGCUGCUGCAUGGCACGCGUUGGCCUCGCCAGCAUGACUGCAGACGAGCUGACGGACAACAUCGAGGCUGCAUUCCAAACGGUGCAGGCAAAGCUACGCACGAAAGGACCCGUCCUGAAGGUCAUCCAUCUCAAGAGUCAAACAUCAGUGGCCCUGCCCAUCUACACCUCGAACAUCGACAGCCUGACGGUGCUGGAAGAAGCAGCAGAACAGGCCAAGGCUCUGAAGAUGAAGAAAGCGGAAGCCAGAAAGCGGAAGCAGCAAAAGAAAAAGACCAACGCCACCGGAGAGGUAGAGGAGAAGGAGGAGGAAAUCCCAUCGCUGGUCACCAUGGCCACGCCGAGCAAAAAGCCCAAACUGGAGACGCCAUCCAAAAAGAAGCCUCUGGAGAGCGCGCCCAAACCCACCGGGAAGAAGAGGGCGAAGAAAUCACCAAAUAAACGCAACAGGAAGGCCGGAAAGACCGACUUCAAGGCCAAGAGAAAAGUGCCUAAAGUGAAAUGAUUCUCUGGAGGAUCUUUGGCACGUCACCUUCUCUACGAGGACAUUUUACACCGGAGCAGUUCAGAGUGGUCUUUAUAUUCAGUUUGUUUUACUUGGUUUAAGCGGAUAAUAAACUUUGUGAUCUGAAACUAUUCAUGGCUGUGUUUUCUAAAUGUUAAAGAAAAGGUCUUUAGUCACAGCAGACACUUUUUUAAUCUAAGCAUCAAAAGAAGAUUAAUGCUCUGUUUUUAUUUUACUAUCAAACGUACAGAGACAGGUUCCUGAAACUUAACUCUUUAUUUCUUGUAUUCCUGAUAUGGAAAAAUGUCUGGAGAAAAAAAAUAAAAGUGAUUUAAAAACUG